GCUCUUCCUGCUUGUCCUAUCCAGGCCACCUGUGAGGCUGCCUCCAAGGAGGAAAACAAGGAAAAAAAUCGAUAUGUAAACAUCUUGCCUUAUGACCACUCUCGAGUCCACCUGACACCUGUUGAAGGAGUUCCAGAUUCUGAUUACAUCAAUGCUUCAUUCAUCAAUGGCUACCAAGAAAAGAACAAAUUCAUUGCUGCACAAGGACCAAAAGAAGAAACAGUGAAUGAUUUCUGGAGGAUGAUCUGGGAACAAAACACAGCCACUAUUGUCAUGGUAACCAACCUGAAGGAGAGAAAAGAGUGUAAGUGUGCCCAGUAUUGGCCAGACCAAGGCUGCUGGACCUAUGGGAAUAUCCGUGUGUCUGUAGAGGAUGUGACUGUCCUGGUGGACUACACAGUACGAAAGUUCUGCAUUCAGCAGGUGGGUGACAUGACCAACAGAAAACCACAGCGCCUCAUCACUCAGUUCCACUUUACCAGCUGGCCAGACUUUGGUGUACCUUUCACUCCAAUAGGAAUGCUCAAGUUCCUCAAGAAGGUGAAGGCCUGUAACCCUCAAUAUGCAGGAGCCAUCGUAGUCCACUGCAGUGCAGGUGUAGGGCGCACAGGUACAUUUGUCGUCAUUGAUGCCAUGCUGGACAUGAUGCAUACAGAGCGAAAAGUGGAUGUAUAUGGCUUUGUGAGUCGAAUUCGGGCCCAGCGCUGCCAGAUGGUGCAAACAGACAUGCAAUAUGUCUUCAUAUACCAAGCCCUUCUGGAGCAUUAUCUCUAUGGGGAUACAGAACUGGAAGUGACCUCUCUAGAAACCCACCUGCAGAAAAUUUAUAACAAAAUCCCUGGGACCAGCAACAAUGGAUUAGAGGAGGAGUUUAAGAAGCUAACAUCAAUCAAAAUCCAGAAUGACAAGAUGCGUACUGGAAACCUUCCAGCCAACAUGAAGAAAAACCGGGUUUUACAGAUCAUUCCAUAUGAAUUCAACAGAGUGAUCAUUCCAGUUAAGCGGGGCGAGGAAAACACAGACUAUGUGAAUGCAUCCUUCAUUGAUGGCUACCGGCAGAAGGACUCCUACAUUGCCAGCCAGGGCCCUCUUCUCCACACAAUUGAGGACUUCUGGCGAAUGAUUUGGGAGUGGAAGUCUUGUUCCAUCGUGAUGCUAACAGAAUUAGAGGAGAGAGGCCAGGAGAAGUGUGCCCAGUACUGGCCAUCUGAUGGCCUGGUGUCCUAUGGCGACAUCACAGUGGAGCUGAAGAAGGAGGAAGAAUGUGAGAGCUACACUGUCCGAGACCUCCUGGUCACCAACACCAGGGAGAACAAGAGUCGGCAGAUCCGACAGUUCCACUUCCAUGGCUGGCCUGAAGUGGGCAUCCCCAGUGAUGGAAAGGGCAUGAUCAGCAUCAUUGCAGCCGUGCAGAAGCAGCAGCAGCAGUCGGGGAACCACCCCAUCACUGUACACUGCAGUGCUGGAGCAGGACGGACGGGGACCUUCUGUGCCCUGAGUACAGUCCUGGAGCGUGUGAAAGCUGAGGGGAUUUUGGAUGUCUUCCAGACUGUCAAGAGCCUGAGGCUGCAGCGGCCACACAUGGUCCAGACACUGGAACAGUAUGAGUUCUGCUACAAGGUGGUGCAGGAAUACAUUGAUGCAUUCUCAGACUACGCCAACUUCAAGUAACAGGAGACUUGCCUUUAAUAUUUUGUAAUAUUCUGUUUUGUUAAUAUACCCAAAAUUGUGUAUAUAUCUUAUAACUGUUUUAGAAAUUGGUACAUAGGCUUCUAUUACCUAUUAGGUGGAGAUUUUAUAUGUAAAUGUGUUAGUACUGAUAGUCCUUUUUCCAAUGUUUUAUUGGGGAAUUAAAUAGUGUGAUGUUUGGAUUGAUAUCGUGAAAUCCUCAGCCUGGAAAUUGGGCUGAAUUAUUCUUUACUUUAAACAUCUUUUCCUAAAGAAGAUAAACACAAAACCCAUUCCAGGUAGUUUGGCACCAACUAAGAAAAAAAGCACAAAGUUCUCAGAGCUCUUGAGGAAGUGGUUGUCCCGGUGCCCCCAUGCAGACCUCUAUCCCCUCCCUCCCUGCACUGUAAAUAUCCCUCCCCUCUCCAGCCCACUCCCUUCUCCCACAGCCUACAUCCCAGCAGCCCCCCAUGGGGAGUAAUGGGACCCGAGCGGUAUCUGUCUCCACACUAGGGAUUAUCAGGUAAUAAAAGCUUUGACUCCCUGA